CGUGGUUUAAUUAAUUUUCAAUGACUAUGAUUUGGUGUAUUAUAGGCCCUUAAUCAAUAUUAUGAUGGAUUUAAUGUCAUACUUGUUGAUGUUUUUAGGAGAAUGCAUUUGAACUCAAGCUCGUCCAAGCGAGAGGAUAUACUUUAGUGGAAGUAUCGAUGGUCGGUGAGUUGCAAGACACCUAUACGAUCGAGAUGGAGUUAUCUUUCUUCGUUAUCUUCGUUAUAUUAAACCAAUACAGCCCAGUGACUGCUGAUCUAGCUUGUGAAUCUGAUCAAAUCGAGAAUGACGGGUCGUGUUAUUAUUUCUCAGAAAGCAAGUUAAACUUCGCGUCGUCCAAAUCGUUCUGCGAGGACCUUGGAAUGCAUCUCGUCUACAUAGGGUCACAGGAAGAACAAAACUUCAUGCAGAAUACCAUAUCUGGUAGUGAGAAGCAUUGGAUAGGUUUAUCAAAAGUGACCUGGAUAGAUGGCUCAAGCUUGGACUACAACAACUUUGCAUAUGUCUUUGAUGAUGGAGGAAUCUGUUUCCGAAUGGCGGAUGAAUGGAGCUAUCAAUGGCAUGACCAAAGGUGUUCCGGUUCGAACUAUUACAUUUGUGAAAACGAAAAAGAAGACAGUGCCGCGUGUACCGGUGGCCACACUGAAUAUGACGAAUCCUGUUAUCACUUCUCGCAAAGCAAUUCAAAUUUCGCCUCGUCAAAAUCAUCAUGUGCCGACCUUGGAAUGCAUCUUGUCUACAUCGGAUCAGAGGACGAACAAGAAUUUCUGGUGGACAACCUACCCCUUGCAAACGAGGAUUACUGGAUAGGAUUAUCAAGUGUGACUUGGCUGGACGGUUCGAGCCUGACCCACUACAACUUCGCAGCUAGUGACGAAAAGACCCUGGAUGAAGGAGGGAAGUGUUUCGUUAUAGAACCGAAUAAGUCAUACCAAUGGUUGGAUGAUAAAUUUGAAGAAGGUCACACGCACCGUUAUAUCUGCGAAAAAGAAGGAGGUAUUCAAUCGAGUUCUUUGCAACAAACAACACCAGUUGCUGCCACUUCUCCCGCUUCUGCCAUUACUCAGACUGCCAAUGUUGUAACAACGAGUAGUUCUACCCAGUCUCCGUCAACAACCGGAGAUAAAAUCAGUGAGGCUACAACCAGUCUAGCUUCAACGACACCAACAUCACAAAUAUCCUCAACAUCAACAACAGAGAAAGGAUCGACAGAUGCUUCGCUUACUUCGGAACAUACAACCGACACCACUCCUGCAACAACAGUAACGCACACAACCCAGACAAUGUCUUCGACUACAUGUCGCUCAUCUUCUCGGGACAGAGGUCACACGAUCUUCAAAAACUUCCGACUACUGGCCAGCAAUGUCGCCCUCAUCGAUGCCUAUGUUCUGUCGUCAUACACGGUUUCGUCCAUCAUCAGAUGCAGUCAAUUGUGUCUUGCUGAUGUCCGUUGCUCGUGUUAUACUUACAUCGCCUGCGAGGGUUCGUGCUUACUCGGCAAGGAAUGUCUGGCGACGUCUACAUAUGCUUUUGAAAGGCGAACCGGAGCUAAAUUCUAUUCGGCACUUCUUGAAGAUCAGAAAUGUUUCUAGAAGGCACGUAGGGGCGCCGCUAGACCACUCGGAAACUGAGGGUGGGGGUGGCAAAAUUGCCGACUAGUUAGCCCUAAUUUUCAAAUAACUCCGGAACACAAAAACAAACAAACAUUUUGAACUGCCAGCAGAGAUUUUAAUGGAAAGAUUAUUUUUAAAAACGGUCGUCAAAUUAUCAAAUUAUCAAAUUUGAUGUUGCAAUUUUCAGACAAUGCU